UUGUAGCACGUUUCAAAAUAUUUACGACCCUAAGUCAACAAUGUUUAAUCACCGAGUCCUUAACUUUUCGGAACACUGUGAGAGCGACCGCACAUAGAUGGGAAACAGCUCAGCGUCUUCUAACCGCAGUGCCAAGUGGAAGAUGGGGGGAGAUAGAUAGAGAGAGAGAGAGAGAAUGGUGCGGAGGAAUGUGCAAGAUUCCGAGCAGAGGUUCAGUUAUCAGGUACCUGAAGAGGUUUCUAGUUGGGAAGUGUGGGGGAACAGUAUAUACUGGUAACACAGUCAGCAGUGGACGGACUACAGCAAGACUGUGUUUACUGAUGCAGAAAACCAUCUCAGCACUGAUCUCUAAGAUGAAUGUGGUGAUCAUCAUCAUCAUCAUCCUUCUGUCGCUGCUUCCUCUCACUCAGUGCUUUCCAGUCACAGCAGGUGUAAGGAGAUCUGUGCAGGUGUUUUACUGCAAGAUUCCAAGAUGUGCUGCUAAUGUGACAGACGUAUUUUGCAACGACAAGCCUGUCUUCAGUAACAACAACAUUGCAGAGUGUGCAGGCCCUCCACCACCCAAUACUGUCUGCCAGCAGGACAGUCGGGCAUUCGUUUCCACAGAUACAGCUGGUCUCUGCGACUUCGAAGGGAGAGCCGGUUAUAUUGAGACCAAAAAAUGUACAGACGACAGUGACAUUUGUCGUUUUAUCAGCGCUACUACACCAUCACCAGACAAGGACCACGCAACACCUGGAUACAUUGUUGGAGUAGUUGUUGGAGUAGCUGUAGUUGGUGGUUUAAUCCUGCUAAUUGUAGGCAUAUCUUGGUAUUUCUGUAAAAAGGGAAAAGGAAAAAGAAAACAGAGGGCGACAGGUGAUUCGGGUGGGACUGUACCCCUAAAUGGUGGUCCUGGAUUGGAUGAUGGCAGAUCAAUGUGAUGGUGAAGCUUCAGACUCCUGUAUUUUCACGAUUCCUGUAGCUUCACAAACUUUUUUUUUCAAAUGUUUUUAUUGUGAGCUAUGUACAUCACUUAUACAGAGUUUUGUUGAGUGGAUAUCAUGCCUCAUUUAAAAAAAAUAUUAGAAGAGGAAAAUAAAGAGGCAAAACAAGAAUACCAACAAAUGAAAAACUAUACAACAAACAAACAUGUACAAUACCACUGAACACACAGAUCAGGUAGCUUAACUAAUAUAAAGUUCCUCUCCACUCAAAAAUAUGUUUUUGUUGUUGUUCCUACUGUUGAAUGUUUGUGCUCCACUGUGCAGAAGGAUGUUUGUGCAGAGUUUGACAGGAGAAGUACGUUUUCACAAUCAUAUGCUGAAAGUGGAAAGUUUCUCUGAGCUCAUUGAAAAUCUGAUUUUUAAGGCGUUAUUUUGAUACCACAAAUAAACAACAAACAACAAAACGUAAA